AUAUCCCAAAAAAAGUUUUUGCGUAAUCUUUUUAUUUUUAUUUUAUGUUUUGGUUGGGGAAAGGUUAAACUUUAGAUAAAAUAGUAUACUUCAGUAUUAUUAAGGUCAAUGUAACUAUAAAAUGAAGUGAUGAAAGAAACAAAUUUGAUAAACAUACUUAAAAGCUGCUAAAAACCACAGGAGUGAUUUUUAUUUAUUUUUAUUUAAUCUCUUAAGGCUUAAUCUGCUUAAAGAUUAAUGACUAUGCAAUUAAUUGAUAAAUAUACUGAAUAGAUGUAAUAUACUGCUACUAAAUAUACAUAAUUUUUGUAAUUUAAAAGUUUAUUAUAAUAAGUAGACAAAAGAAUGACAGACUCUGUAAAUUGUUGAUGAUAUUUAUUUUGAAGAUAAACAUUUUAGAAAUUGAAAUAGAAUUUAAAAAGAUACAAGAAGUUACAACCUACAACUUUAUAAGGGUUGAGAAACCUUAGUUUAUUUUGAAGAACAGUAAUAAACCUGUAAGAAUUAGAAUGGGAAGAAAGUGAUAAACAUGGAGGUGAUAGGUUAAAUGUAAGAAAAACCUAAAGUUUUAAAGUGAAAUUAUGAUAAACCUAUAAGUUAAAGUGAAAUAUCAGAAUAAAUCUACAAGUAAGUGUGAGAAAUUAGGAUAAACCAAACAAUUUCAUUGAGAAAUUAUAGGGUAAACCCAAAAGUAAGAGUGGGAAAUUAUGAUUAACCUAAAAGUUAAAGUGAGAAAUUAGGAUAAACCUAAAAGUUAGAAAGAGUAUUAGGACAAAUCUAAAAGUAAGAGUGAGGCAAAAAUUGAAAAAGAUUCGGUUAAAAGUCAGAAAUUAAGAAUAACCUACAUGUAUUAUGGUAAGAAAUCUAGAUAAACCCUACAUGUUAGGAUAAGAAAUUAGGUUAAACCUACAUGUACAUAAUAGUCAGAAAUUAAAUACAUUUUUUUGUAUAACAUAUAUGUACAGUUGUAUCUGUAAAAGCUAGAGUGUGAAAUUAGAAUGAAGCUGUAACAGUUUGUUUGAUGCACAUACAAUAAAAAUAAUUGCAAACUUAAUAGAUGAAACUUUGAUAAUUUAUAUCUGAUUUAAAUGUUGGAAAAAGCUUUUAAAUUAAGUUGAUAAACAGUGAUAAACAUUGUGGUCACUAUGAGUUACGAGGAAUAUCAGUAUGAGUACAGUAGUGUACCUGACGAAGAUUUCGAUGAGUACUGGUUGGACGAGAACAAGUUUUCACAACUACCGUGGGAAGAUCUCAAGGGGAUGACAGUGACGUCGGGGAGUGUGGCACUAACAAAGGAUGAAAAGAACUUGAUUGGGAUCAGUAUUGGGGGCGGAGCUCCCCUUUGUCCAUGCCUAUAUGUUGUUCAGAUUUUUGACAACACCCCUGCUGCCAAGGAGGGUACCUUACAGUCAGGUGAUGAGCUUGUUGGUGUUAAUGGUCAAUCAGUGAAGGGCAGAACCAAGGUGGAGGUUGCUCGUAUGAUACAGUCUAUUAAGGGUGAUGUCAGUAUAAACUACAACAAACUCCAUGCUGAUCCAAAACAAGGAAAAUCUCUUGACAUUGUUCUUAAGAAAGCAAAACACCGCGUGGUCGAGUCUAUGAACUCCAAUACAGCUGAUGCUUUAGGGCUUUCAAGAGCCAUAUUAUGCAAUGAUGGUUUAGUGAAGAAGCUUCAGGAAUUAGAAAGGACAGCAGAAACAUAUAAAGGUCUUAUAGAGCAUACCAAGAAACUUCUCAAGUGUACAUUCGAGCUGUCUCAAUCACACAAAGCAUUUGGUGAUGUGUUCAGUAGUAUAGGUGUUCGUGAACCCCAGCCGGCUGCAAGUGAGGCUUUCUCAAAGUUUGGUGAAGCACACAGGGACAUGGAAAGAUUUGCCAUCAAAAUGCUGAAAACUGUCAAACCUAUGAUCAGUGAUUUAAAUACAUUUCUAAACAAAGCUGUACCUGAUACAAGACUUACAAUAAAGAAAUAUUUGGACGCCAAGUUUGAAUACCUGUCUUACUGCUUGAAGGUAAAGGAGAUGGAUGAUGAGGAGUACAGUUACGCUGCCCUGCAGGAACCGUUGUACAGGGUGGAAACUGGUAACUAUGAAUAUAGACUGGUUUUACGAUGUAGACAAGAUGCAAGGGUGAAGUUCGCAAAAAUGAGGUCUGAUGUAUUAGUGAAAAUGGAAUUACUGGAUCAAAAGCAUGUACAAGACAUUGUGUUCCAACUUCAGCGGUUUGUGUCUGGAAUGGCCAAGUACCAUAAUGAUUGCCACACAGUGAUGAAGACAGCUAUUGUGUUUCCAAUUGAAGUGGAUCUGUCACGAGGCACGUUUACGUACGACACAUCUAAUCAAUUCAAUGAUGGUAUGGACGAUGAAGAAGAAGUACAGGAAGAGCAUGGGAUAGAAGUAUCGGGAGAUUUAAUUUCGACUGAUUAAUAUUUGUCAACUGACUUUCAUUUCUAAACUACAUGUAUACAAUUACUCUCCUGAAUUAAUUCGAGCUGCAUCCUUUAAUUAAAAAGCUCACUUAGGUUGUGAUUUCUUUUAGAAAUUGGAACACAAUGUAAGCUCAAAGCUUUUCUAUAAAAGUUUAAUUUAUUUUAAGUUAUUAUAUUUCAGCUAAAAUGUUUUGAAUCUCAGAAAGCAAUUAUUGUAACUUAUCUUUUAUACAUGUAUAAAACUUAUUUUCAUCCAAUUUUAUAGUAGAGGCAGUUCGUAUAUCAUAUAUGGAUACAUUUUAAUAAAGACAUUCCCUUUUUGUGGAGAAAAAACAUAGACAAGAUCAUUAUAUUAUUGACCAAUUUUCUUUGAAACUUUGUCAGCACUGGUAUCAAUCUGUUUGACUACUUCAUACUUUGUAAGUGUAUGUCAGGAAGUUUAUCUGGACCUGAAUAACCAGACUCUAUAGAAACUUUUUGGUUGAUUGUAGUACAUUGAUUAUGAUUUUAUUAUCACUGGGUCAGAAAUUAUAUUGGAUUGUGAAACCAAUGAACAUGAUGAUCAACAAUUCAAAAUGUUAUAUUUGAUUUGGAUACCCUGAAUGUAAUGAUAUACAUGUUCAGCUUAAUGAAUAUCAUUUCAGAAUGUUAUAUUUGAUUUUGAAACUCAUCAAACUUAACAGCUCAGAAGGUUACAUAAUGAUGGCAAAUAUGUGAUUUUGAAUUUGAUGAAAUGAACAUCAACAGAUUAGAAUGAUGUGAAAGAUAUUGAAACCCAUGAUCUAUGAAAAUGACCUCAAUAUAAGAAUAUUUUAAUUGAAUUUGGAAAGAAAUAUGCUGGCUCAUUAUCCGUUUUUUCUUUAAUGACAUAAUGUUUUCAUCAUCUUUGUUUACUGUAGCAAUUUUUGUGCAAUAUCGCAUUUGAUUAUUUUCAUUCAUUUGUGUUAUUAACUAUUUAUUGUCAUAUUUUUUUUAAAGAUUUAUUUAUAUAGAUAUUUUUUUCUUUAAGAAAUCCAAUAGUUUUCAUUGAUACUGCCUACAUUCCAGAAAGGUAAAUAAAAGAAUUCCAGAAAUAUUAUUUCUAUACCUGUAUAAAUGUAUGUAAAACUAAUAUUUAGGAUGUAAUGAUAUAAAAAUUCAUAUGAAAUUAAUUUCAUUUAAAAUUCUGAAAGACAUUAAUAUGCCAUGAAUUUCAAGACAUUGUUAAAUGUAAAUUGUUGAACAAGUUCUUUCCAAUUUGAAUAAUCAUUACUGUUGUAUUUGACUAAUGUUAUUUCCUUACGGUUUAGAACUAGGAUAUAAUGAUAUUAAAAUUGACAUGAAACUAAUUUUAUUUAAGGAUUCUGAAAGACACAAAUUUAUGCCAUUAAUUUCAAGACACUGUUACAAAUGAGUGUUUACUGUUAAGUUGGGCCAAAGAUUAGGAACUUAUAUUUGUUAUUUAUUGUUUAUGUAUUGUGUUAUUUCCAAUUUGAAAUAUUAUUACUGUUAUCAGUUGUUGUGAACUAUUUUAUUGUAUACAUCAUUUGCAUUUUGUUGUAGAUCUGUUCCUUUAAUAUUAUUUGACUUAUUGUUGUAAUUUAAUUUUGAAAUAUAAUAAAAUGUUAAAUCUA